UUACAGUAGAUCAUUAGCAUCUGCUAGCAGGGUUGUUCACUGGCUAUCUUAUUUUAGUUUUACGAACUAUGCAUUUAAUAUCGUCGUGAUAUUAAAUUAUGUAAUCAUGAAAGCACAGCGGAUACAAUUGUUUUGCUCUGCAAUGGGUUAAAUCGGUUUCGCUGGCAAUGCGUGGUCCUGCUGCCCACUGUCUCCCGCUGUGGUAAUGAAUUCAGUGUCCCCCACCGCGGCACAGUACCUGGGGGGCAGUAUGCAGGACGAGGGGCUGGCCCCGCGUCCUGAGCGACGGAGGACCCCGUCCUGGGAGCCCCGGGGCCACUUUGGGCACGGCGCGGGGUCGGAGCCCAUCAGGGAGGCUCCUGGAGAGCCUGACGAAGUGGACCGGCUCAAAGCCAAGCUGAUGUCCGCCUGGAACAACGUCAAAUACGGCUGGUCAGUCAAGACUAAAACCAGCUUCAACAAGACCUCCCCUCUGAUCCUGCUGGGACAGUCCUUUCUUCUCAACCAUGAAGACGAGGUGGAGCGUUUCCGGCUGGCCUUCGUGUCGCGGCUGUGGAUGACGUACCGCCGCGAGUUCCCCCAGCUGGAGGGCUCCACGCUGACCACGGACUGCGGCUGGGGCUGCAUGCUGCGCAGCGGGCAGAUGCUGCUGGCCCAGGGCCUGCUGGUGCACCUUCUCCCGCCAGGUUGGACUUGGCCGGAUGCCCAGCAGCUCACUGACGUGGACAUGGAGUUGCUGAAGCCUCGGUCUCCGUCCCGCACCGGAGGGGUUCCCGUCCCCUCCUUUCCCACCGCGCGGGCCCCAAACUCCACCCCGAGGGGCCGCAGCAGCGCUGGGGGCGAGGGCUCGAAGCGGGGCCAGAGGAGGGGUACCGAGACCAGCCGGGACAGGCAGACGGAGGCCACACACCGGCGUGUGGCAUCCUGGUUCGGGGACCAGCCCCAGGCCCCGUUCGGGGUGCACCAGCUGGUGGAGCUGGGGAGGAGCUCGGGGAAGAAGGCUGGGGACUGGUACGGCCCCUCCAUCGUGGCACACAUUCUCCGAAAAGCAGUUGGUAAGACCUCGGAGGUUCACAACCUGGCUGUGUACGUUGCUCAGGACUGUACUGUGUACAAAGAGGACGUGGUGCAGCUGUGUGACCUGUCUCUGGCCGAGGGCUCUGAGCCCAGUCCGGGGUGGAAGUCCGUCAUCCUCCUGGUGCCCGUGCGACUGGGCGGGGAGUCGCUGAACCCCUCCUACAUCGAGUGUGUGAAGAACAUCCUCAGGUUAGAGUGCUGCAUUGGGAUCAUUGGUGGUAAACCCAAACACUCACUGUUCUUCGUUGGGUUUCAGGACGAGCAGCUGCUGUAUUUGGACCCGCACUACUGUCAGGCUGUGGUGGACGUUACGCAAGCCAACUUCCCACUGGAGUCUUUUCACUGCAGCUCUCCCAGGAAGAUGAGCUUCAGCCGCAUGGACCCCAGCUGCACCAUCGGCUUCUAUGCCAAGAACCAGAAGGACUUCGAGUCCCUGUGUUCUGCUGUGAGCGAGGCUCUCUCUUCAUCCAAGGAGAAGUACCCAAUUUUUACUUUUGUGGAGGGCAAAGGGCAAGACUAUGGGCUGGAGGGCCAAAGUGGGCCCCCAGGCAACUCCCCCGCCCACAUCCUCCCCCCGGGUCGACCCAGCCGGAGUACUAAGAGGAGCAGUGUGGAUGAGUUUGUGUUCUUGUGAGCACCCUUGCAGAGGUAUCGCUCACAACCCGAAGAGAGAAACAAGAUGGCCGACAAAGGCUUCUUCUCCAAAGCAGACUGAACAAACGGCAUGGAUUUGUAUUGUCUCUCUGUGCAGCUCAAGCUAUGUUUUCUUCCUCCUUCACCCAUGCAGGUGUUACUCAUCUGUUGCAUUGGCCAUAAUUUGUAUAUUUGCUUGGGCUAGGCAAUUGGUAAGGGGUAUUGUAAGGCAACAAUUUCACAAUUCGGUUGCUUAUGAAUAUUGAGAAGUUCAUGUAGAUCAGACAUAAAGCAAUACAAUAUGAUUGGAUGUAAAACCAAUGUUGAAUAUGAAGAUUAUGUGUUUUUAAGUUUUAUGACCCAGAGAUAUGACCCUUGCUCUUUUGGUUUUAAUACAGACCCAGUGUGAAGGAAUUUAAACACUGAUGGGCACUUCACCUUUCCUGGAUUCAAUGUUUUUAAUCGCUUGUUAUUAAUUUUUAUUGUUUUUACUAAUUUAUUACAUAUCGAGCCGUUUUCAUCUGCUGCAGAUCUUUUAAAUGUUCAGGAGGUUACACACAACAAUGGAAGCAGCUCAGCCCUGUCUUGUCUUGUUUUUUUACUAGUACAUCAUAAGUCAUGAUUUAAAGUGCACACCCUAUUCACAUCUCAGUCCUGUAGUGUAACAGUGCUGCCCAUUUGCAGUGUACAGUAGCGUUACAAUUGUCGGUAUCUCACCUUUCAACACUACAAUUCAAAUGAUGGGGUAAUUGCCUCUUGCCUGAUUCUCUAUUGGCUCACUGCACAUAAUGAAUCUUCUUUCCGUGUAGACUACACUGACUUGCAAUGUCCUUGUCAAUUGGCUAGUGUACUUUUUAACUUUAUUUAUUCUUUUUUCGAUGUUGAGUGCUGUAGCAAUCAAUUUAUGUAAUUGUCCGUGUUUUAAAUUGGGCUUCUUGAACUGGUUCAUAACUCUAAUUGUGCAUUUCUAACCCCGUAAUGCACUGUGCUGUGGAAUGCAGAUGUCUCUAUACUAAAACUCACACACCGCCCUUUCAAACAAUCAGAAAUCCACACAUUGAGCUUGUGGCUCAUUUUAGCGUUUUAAAUUGUAUUUUAAUUUUUAUUGUGUCCUCUUAUUUCUGGAUGUGAGUGAGCAUGCAUCUUUUGUAGAGAAUAGUGCCAGGGUUCAGUGUCGUAUGUAUGAGUGAACCUGAGAGAAAAUAUCUUGAGUUUGAGGGAAGUUUGGAGGGGGAGGGGGAGAGAGGCACAAGAACAAGCACUACUGAGACCAGGGUAACAGUCUUAUCCCAGAACUGUCUGAAUAUUUCAGGAAUGACUUGUGGGCAUUGCAGGUCUUAAGAUGUACUGGAAAUCAAAGUAAGCUUGUUACCUCAUUUUAGGAUCUGUUGCAUCACUGACAUGAUGGGGGGGGGGAGUCUUGUUUAAAAGUAUGUAUAUGACUCCAGCUUUUUCAUGUCAAGCAUGAACAGCCAGAACCGUAUUAUUGGUCAUGUGAUAUAAUGGCCUUCAAGGGAAAUCUGCAUGCCUGACACCAUGUGAUGUGGAUAAAGGCUUCAAACGUAAAACCAUUGUUUUGUUUAAGAGGGCCACAGACAUUUUUAUUUUUAUUUUGCUCAAACCUUUACGCAUAACUUGAUAAGCAGUUGGAUAUUUAAAACUUAUAACCAUCAUUAUUUGAACCAAUUAGGUCAUGGGAAAUUUGUUGGUAAACAAGCAUCGAAUCCUUGCAUACAUAGAGUUGAGAUCCUUGAUGUAGGUACUUCAACUUGAAUUGGCUUUAAGUACAAUAGUUUGCUUUCAAAGAACUCUCUAAAUUGUAUCUUAGGUGAUAGUAUAGCAAAAGAGUCAUAUUUUCCGGAGAGAUAUAACUAAUAGUAAAAUUGAUUUGGUCUGCAGUUGAUGCAUAUGUUACCUUGAGCAAAUGAACAUUUUUUUAAAGUGCAGUUAAGGAAUCCUCUGCCUAUUUAUUUACAUGACAAAUGUGUGAAACUGCUGUAAAGACGAUGUAAUAAAUGAGUUUUUCAAACA